GAUACACCUGAUGGGUUUUUGUUUCGAUUGAGUUGGAGUUAGUUUGAUGGAUCCGAUUUUUCAGGUGAGAAAGAGGCAUUGUGUUCUGAUCAAUCUAGCCAAAAUUCUGGUAUAUCCAGACUGCCAAUAUGUGCCUUAUUCAGUAAGAGUGCAAAGAUGGAAGAGACGUUCGUCAAUUCCACGAAAGAUGAUCAAGGGAAUGAAGAUUCACCUGUUAGAUUGAGAAAGGAUAGGGAAUUGGUAGAAGACAAUGGGUCAGAGUUUACUGAAUCGAAAUCCAAAGGGUCAUUAGGAAGAGAAGAAUCAAAGGAGUUAACAUCAGAUGUCAAGCAAUCACGUAUAGGUGGAAUAUGCAUUCAGGAAUCAUUUUUUCAAAGUAAACAUGUUACUGAUGUUAAGAAACUGAAGUGUAUGCAUUUUGGAAGUCUCAAUGAGAAACAUCUCUUGCAGCAUUACUUGGAUUUGGUUAAAGUUAGACCAUCUGACUCUUUAGCUAUAGCCUAUAGUCCAUCCUCCCCGUGCAAUAUUGCUGUGAAGUUAAGGUCCUCAAAAAUGGAGAUUCUAUUUGACCGCUUAAAUCCAAUUAAAAAUAGAAGAAGAAAUACAUGUGAUCUGAGUAGUUUUGUGAUUGAUGGCCCGUCAGCAGCUGGACAAGGGAAUUUAGUUAUCAGCCCUGUCAGACAGUUUAUUGUAGGGGCAGUUGCAGGGAAUGACAAUGUGAGAAGGAUCUUGAAGAGCCCAUUAAGUUGUCAUGUAGGGGCCCUAGAUGGUGACAAAAAGUCAGAAAAAAUGAGGUCAACUGAUAUUAAAGGAGAAAAAUGCUCUAAGAUCAUGAGCUCUCCGGAAGGACUAAUCACUAGUACAUCACAGAAGCUAGAAAAAGAAGCUACUCUAGAAAAGCAGAGAAAUGGACAGGAAAGGGUGCAUAAAAGGCUUUUUUCUAUUUCAAGUACCAACUCUAGUAGUUCUGAUCAAUCUUCCUUAUCUGCUUGUGCCCCUGUUUCUCAGGGAAUGCUUCAUUGCAAGUGGAAAGGUGGAAUCCCAUAUUUUGUGUUCUCUGUAGAUGAUCAGAGGGAGGUAUAUGCCGCCAACCUGUGGAAGGUAGAGUCACCAAAUGAUAAGGGUCUGGAUUAUAUGUACUCUUUUCACUCACGAACAGAUGGGCAAAAGAAACUGGGUACUUCUGAUAAUUUGCUGGAUUUUGUUGGUAAAAUGAAGGUAUCAAGUUCUUUUAUUCUAUGUCCAAACAGUUCCAAACUCAUGGAGACUGAAUUUCUCUUGUUUGGUACUAAUGAACACCAUCCUAGUCAGAUGCCAAGUUUGACUUCAACUGCUAAAAAGAAUUGGAGGCUGUCAAAAAAGGUGGUGGAUGCAUUCAGGACAAGCCAUCUAUCCAAGUAUAAAUCUAGGCCCAAAGGUGUACCGAGCUCCAUAUAUGAGGAUCUCUCCGGGGAGCAAUGUAAAGAAAUGUUGGGUGAACCAAAUGCACUGGAUUCUACCCUCCUACAGAGUAAUCUUUCACCGAAUCUUGAGUUGGCUGCCAUUGUUGUGAGAGAAUAUGUUCAUGAUACUUGUCAAGAGGCAUCAGUUGGAGGCUGGGGCUUAAAAUUUCUUGAGAAAGUUAGGGCAGAGCAAUCUAGUGCUCCUGUAGAAGACUUUGAUUCCCUGGAAAAGUGCCAAGAAAGUUCUCUUCGAAAUAGAAAUGAUUGUUCUACUAGUAUGGAUGUUUUAAUCCCAGCAGGAUUUCAUGGUGGUCAAAGAACCAGAAAUGGUGGCCCCUCUAGUCUUACUGAGAGGUGGAGAUCUGGACACUGUGACUGUGGUGGCUGGGACAUUGGAUGCCCUCUUACUGUACUCCACAACAUGUCAAACAAAGAAGUUUUGCCGCAACCAGAUGCACAAGGGGAAUGCAAAUCAUUUGAUCUAUUCAUUCAGGAAACAAAGCAAGGAGAGCCCAUCCUGAGAAUGGUGAAUAUCCAGGACGGUCUUUAUUUUAUUCAUUUCCAAUCAACUCUGACAGCUCUACAAACUUUCUCUAUAGGUGUGGCUAUUAUUCAUACUCAGAGUUCCACUCUUUGUCCAAAACAUGUAACAAAGUUGAAGCAGGAGGAAUCAAUGAUAACAAUUCUGUAGUAUUCUAAUUGAAUUAUAGUAGUUAUAUAGUUGUAAAUUGUCAUUGUAGUAUCGCCCAUUGAGAAAUGAAAAUUUUAUACAUGAAUUAAGAUGUUUACUGUUUCUUUUA